UCUGACAGAUUGUUUUGACAGGACCAAAGGCAAGUUGCUUGCAUUCAUACAUCAGCAGAGCAGAAAGGCGGUAACUCCUGAUGAAAUGGUGGGAUGCAAGUGAGGCAGGGGGCAGCAACUUCUCGGGUGAGCCGGAGCCCUGUAGCAGCUUGCGUGAGUAUGGUUGCCCAUUUGAUCCAGUACCUUAAAAAUAUUCAGAGCUAUACAAGUUGUUCCCGCUAGGAAGAGAAAAUUAAUACAAUUCAGGUGUUCCAUUUGGGACAAACCCAUGCAUUUUUGACAAAGGUAUGUACAGCACUUUUUUUCCUGAGCACUGUGAAAUCAGUGUGCUGUAGGCCACUUCCAGCUCUUGGUUUCCAAAAUUGCAUGUUGGUUAGGUCUGGAGGGGGGUGGUGGUGGGAAAUAGUUUCUGCUCUGGUUUCAGUGAGCUGCAAGAUAAGUUGGGAGAAAGGUAGCAGACAGCGAUCAAGCUGGUUUUCCUGCCUCUUUGUUUUUCACAGGGAAGCCUAUAGUCUACCAGGCUUGGGCCUGCUGUGCUUUUGCCAGCACCUGGCUUGAUUUCAAGUCUUGCUACCUAUGCAGCUGAACAUUGGACGUGUUUCAGAUCUUUCUUCCUGGAGCUGUCUGGGAUUCCUGCCAGGCAGAGGGAGGGAGGGAGCUGUCUGUGCACCAGUCUGCCUCCUGGGCUGAGAGCUUUUGGGAAGAGCCAGCGGGAGCAACCGCUCCUCCCUUUUCUACCCACCCAUUUCCCUUGAGAGCUAAUACUGCUCAUGUCAAGGGAAAGAUGAGAGAAAGCUUCACGGAUCAAGACAGUCCUGCAUCUUCCAUCAUUUCUUUCCUCUCUAGUGAUCACAAAGGAUGCUUCCUCUACUGCUUCUUGUGUUGUGGAGGCAAGUCCUGGAGCAGUAGGAGGAAGAGACUUGAUAAAGGAACUCUGAGGCAGGAAACAAAGAACCGAUUUCUGGAUAAAGCACAAGUGGAAAGAUCUGGCAAAUCCAUCUGUGCUGCCGAUUUCAUAUCUUGACACCCAUCUGCCUGAAGUUGCAGUGGUUGCUGCAAGGCUGGCACUUCUGCAGACAGAACAGCUGACUCAGUGCCUCUUCCCUCAGUCCCUUCUGGAAGGCACAAAAGAUACAGAAGAAAUUGCUGCUUGGACUUUCUCCAGCCAUAAGCUAUGUUCUUGAGACUGUUUCAUUCUGAGUUCUAGCCCCGUUAUCGAAGACUUGAUCAAACAGCAGAGUAUUGCCAUUCUAAACACAUGAGAACCUCACAGCUUAAUUGAAGGCAAUAAGUACAGCUUUUCCUCAGUUUCUGCUGUUUCUAGUUCAAGAGGUGAUGGGUGUUGCUCUUUGAAGGCUGUCCCAGUCUCGUGACCCAUAGUACUUGGUCUCCUGAAGAAAGUCCAGUCUACUGUGCUGUCAUCUUCACCAAAGAGCAUGGAGAAAUUGAUAUUAGAAGGGCCUGUUUCUGUGUCUAAGGAUGGAAUGCCUACACUUCCUUCCCAGAAACCAGAUAUGAACUCAUGCCCUCAUGCACCUGGCAAAUAUUUUCUCCCUGGUGGGGUGGACAAUGAGAACUGCAAGGGUAAUGAAAAGGAAAGGGAGUGGAUCCGUCCUGAUACACCUAGCAGAUGCACAUGGAAGCUUGGGAAACCCCUCUCUGCCUCCCCUCAUCGUCAUACCACUCUGCCAGAGCCUCUGAAAAUCCUGCCAAGCAUCCUGGAUAAAGUUGGCGAUACACCUUUGGUGCGAAUCAACAAGAUUGGGAAGCAGUAUGGGCUGAAGUGUGAACUCUUGGCAAAAUGUGAGUUCUUCAAUGCUGGAGGCAGUGUGAAGGACCGCAUCAGCCUGAGGAUGGUAGAGGAUGCUGAGAAGGCUGGGAUCUUGAAGCCUGGGGACACAAUCAUAGAGCCAACCUCUGGCAACACAGGAAUUGGGUUGGCCUUGGCUGCAGCAGUGAAGGGUUACCGCUGUAUCAUCGUGAUGCCAGAGAAAAUGAGCAUGGAGAAGGUGGAUGUUCUGAGAGCUCUGGGUGCUGAGAUCGUGAGGACACCAACUACUGCCAGAUUUGAUUCUCCUGAAUCUCAUGUGGGAGUAGCAUGGAGACUGAAAAAUGAAAUCCCCAAUGCACACAUAUUAGACCAGUACCGUAAUGCCAGCAACCCCCUGACGCACUAUGACACCACAGCUGAGGAGAUCCUGCAGCAAUGUGACGGAAAAAUAGACAUGCUGGUGGCUGCGGCUGGCACUGGAGGUACUAUCACCGGCAUCUCCAGAAAGCUAAAGGAAAAGUGUCCAGGUUGCAAAAUUAUAGGUGUUGAUCCUGAAGGCUCCAUCCUUGCUAUGCCGGAAGAACUGAACAAGACUGACAAAACAAUGUAUGAAGUGGAAGGAAUUGGAUAUGAUUUUGUCCCCACAGUGCUGGAUAGAUCUGCAGUUGACCAGUGGUACAAGAGCAAUGAUGAGGAGUCAUUUGCUUUAGCACGCAUGCUGAUCCGAGAGGAAGGACUGCUGUGUGGUGGCAGCUCAGGCAGUGCCAUGUCUGUAGCUCUGAAGGCAGCCAAAGAACUGAAGGAAGGUCAGCGCUGUGUUGUUAUCCUCCCUGACUCUAUCAGGAACUACAUGUCCAAGUUCUUGAGCGACAAAUGGAUGAUUCAGAAAGGGUUCAUGAAAGAAGAUGAUGACCUUGUCAAAAAGCCUUGGUGGUGGAACAUCAGCGUUCAGGAACUAAGCCUCUCUGCUCCCCUGACUGUGCUUCCAACUGUUACCUGUGCAAAAACUGUUGAAAUUCUCCGGGAGAAGGGAUUCGACCAGGUACCAGUUGUUGAUGAAUCUGGGGUGAUUUUGGGCAUGGUUACCCUGGGUAAUAUGCUUUCUUCACUGCUUGCUGGAAAAGUUCAGCCUUCUGAUGAAGUCAGAAAAGUAAUCUACAAGCAAUUUAAACAGACAGAUAAUCGAGCAUCAGGUGGAAAUGUGAUUAACCUGAAAGACAACUUGGGGAAACUCUCUCAUAUCCUGGAAAUAGACCACUUUGCUCUAGUGGUUCAUGAACAAAUUCAGUAUCACACUGAUGGUUCCUCCAGUAAGCGGCAAAUGGUAUUCGGCAUCGUUACAGCCAUCGACCUGCUUAACUUCGUGACUGCACGAGAACGGGAAAGAAAGUCCAACUAAAAUCGAGUAACAAAGUGGAGCCUAUUCAACAACACUUUGCAAUCUCCAACAAAGAAUCAGGUUCAUUGCUUAGGUAGAUUGGUCUGUCUUUAAGGUUGUUUAUUUUUAAAAUUCUGAAAAUAAGCAGUUAGCUAUCCUGGUGUCAGCUAUACAACCAAUGCAUUUUGCUGUACUGCACAGCUUCUGGGGACUUGUUUCUUAAUCAGGUUACACAAUAUUUCUUAUCAAGACAAUUUAUUUUUUUAGCUAUAUAUAUGUAUGUGUGAAAAAUACUGCCUAAAUUAACUGGUAUGUUCAUUGCUUGUUAUGUCCAAGGUCUAGAUUUCCAAAACAUUUUAUUUCAACACAUUUUAUGAAUCUGAAACAGAGUUACUGAAGUGGAGACCCAAAAGAGUUCUGGAAAGUUUUUGGAUUUUUUGGUUUUUUUGUUUGGGUUUUUUUUUUUAGUUUCCCAUGCAAGGGUGUUAAGUUAGCUAAUAUUUGUUUGGAGACAAAAGUGGGACAGGGGCAUGAAGAGAAGAAAGGGGGUUUGCCUUUUGGGGUGGCAUCAGAGUAGAAUGAGAGGAAAUUCUGACAGUUGGAGUUGAGGCUUAUUUCAGCCAGCUGCUCUGAGGAAAAACUGACUUAAGUGGAAGUCUGACAGUGAAGUAACAAACGCAAAUUAGUGACUUUGUUUUAUGCAGUGCACCAGCUUUUGCUGUGAAGACAGACCUAAUUUCCUUUUUUUCCAAUUGUACCCUGAUAACUAAGCACAAGUGAAAAGAUUAAAAGGUGAGAUCAAGCUCUUUGCCUGAAGGUUUUUGAAAAUCAUGCUCUUUCAUCUAGUACCUUCCCUUUACCUCCCCACCCUCUUACUAAUCUUAAAAUGCUUCUUUUUAUACCUGUUUUAGAAGAGCCAAAGGUGAGCUGUGAAGAGCUGUAAACUCUUUCAAAUCCUGUUCAUGCUGCUUACACUAUAGCAUCUUAGUCCAGGAGAAAAACCCUACUGUUAACUGAAUUCACUGUAGCCAAGUUUAGAAGUAACUGGCAACAAGGUGUGGACUGGUACUUUCAAGGGAAGGUAAGAGUAAUGCGCCAUAGGUGUGUGCAGCUACAGCUUUUCACCACAUCUGUAGCUGUGGAUUCUUAGUAAUGUUCGACUUGCAUAGCCGUGGCACCGUUGGCACUAGCGGCCUCAUCUGUACACUGCUGUGCUCAUGCUACUGGCUGCUGUUGGUGGUAAUGAUGAGUGGAAUGAGAAUAUAGCUACAGGAGAAAAAUAGUUGUUGUUCAUCUUUUUUUAUAAAAGACUGCUCUAACUGUCUUCUGACUGGCCUUUUGCCAAGAAUAGUUUUUGAUCGGCAAGAGUGACAUUUUUUCUUAGCUUGUCUCUCCAAUGAAGUAGAAAAAUACUAUUUGGGCUGGGGCUGUUGCUGGUAGGAUAGCAAAGUUGUUGGCUUUGACUUGUUUUGUUAGUGUUCUUGGGUUUUGUUUUUAGAAAAAAAGAAAAGCUGAAGGGAGUUGCAAGCUAAGAGAAAACAAAGGGGUUAUUUAAAAAUCAGAAUUACUACCUCCUGUGUAUAGAUUUCUUUCUACCUUGUUGGCCUCCCCAUGGCAGUGGGAUUUGCUGUACGUUUUGGAAAUGCAUGCUCAGAGGAGAGCAGUGGUGGAAGCUGUCCUGUCCCAUGUCAGUGUAAGAGCUCAGAAGACAAAGGAAUGACAGCAGAGAUCAUGCCUGCCUGCCAGCCAGCAGUGUGACAGCCCCAUUUGUUUUCUAGCUGCUUCUCUCUCACCUUAGACUUGUGAAUGUGAAGAACUUUGUUCUAAUAUCAAAAAUCAGUCUGAGGCUUUUUAUUAACUCUUUAAUGCCAUGCUGGUGAAUGCUAAGUUUAUUCUGCCCUUGUUUGGUUUAUUUCUUCAGACAUUGGCUGUCCCUUCAGAUUAGGGCUAUUACUGAAGUAAUGUGACCCCUGCUUACAUUAAGCUAUGGUUUAACCAUUAAGUUCAUAUAGUUCUUUAAGAUCCAAGACAACUUUCCCUAAGUCUCUGGAAUAAACUACUAUAAAGCCUAAAAAUGUGCAACUUUUGUUCUAAAGGAUGGUUGAAUUUUUAAAUAUUUUUUUUUUUGUUACCCUUAUGAUGUGCAGUGCUUCCUUUCUUAUUGUUGCCCCUUGCUGUAGUAGCAACCCCAGCUUGAGUGCUCUGACUAGUGGAAAGCUGAGCUAGUGUAUCAGAUGCACGUAUCUGUGUUAAAGACACUGUCUUCAAAUCUGUAUUAGCUGUUCUAGGCUGAACAGCUCUGUCUUAGGUUUGUUGCUGCUUGGCAGAGCCUAAUAACUCAUCUUUCAAACCAUAUUCUUGAGCUACUUCCCAAAGGGUCAUAAAUAACUUUGCACAGUUAAAGGCACAAUCUUUGAUCUUACCACUUCUAACAUCCUUGACGUUUCUUAGUGCAGAGUGUGAACAGUCAGUUGUACCUCUUGAGACAUCAGUAUUUCAGCCGAGCUUCUGAACUCCUUUCUGAAUUAUUUCAAAUACUGUUGUCAGAUGUAUUUUCAUAUCUAUUCUUAGUUUACGGGGAAGGCUGAGAGAGACUUCUUUGAUUUCUUAUAUUUUCACUGCCUCCUUUAAUGCCCACACUUCUAAAAUGUGUACUUCACUAGAUGCUACAAACUGAAGUGUUUGCUGCAAUCAUAGCCAUCACUGCUGCUAAAUUUUGGCAUUACUGUUGAUUUCGAAAAUGUACUUUUAUCUGAUUUCUUUUUUUUUUUUUUUCUUCCCCAUUUUCCAUCUGACCCUUGCUGACAGUGGUAGGGAGAGGGGUGCUUAAGUAGUUGGGUUUUUUCAGUUUUCUUUUUGUGCAUGUAAAAGCCUUAUAUGAGGCUUCAUUCAAUUAGGCUCCAGCCUAACUGCAUUCAGGAAGAAGUAUGAGGAGCGUAGGAGGUUUCCAAACUUCUUUUCAGAACAGCAGUACAGGAGAGAAGUUAGUUGGGGCAGCAGAUUAGUGGGUAGGUUUACCUGUGGCAUAGAGAAAAGUGUAAAGAUUUCAGGUUGGGGGUUUUUUUUCAGUUUACUGGUCAUAUGUUAAUCUCUGUAGUGUCAUGGAAACAGGCGGUGUUGGUGGCUAUGAAAGAAGGAGUGGUUAGAGCUGGUAGGGAAGAGGGAACGUGAAUCUAAAGCAAUCCAAAUAAGGAGAAAAAUAUCCAAAGAAAUCCACCUGUGCCACCCUUCCUGUGCAGUUUAAGAGCAGGAGCUGUCUCCUGUUCUGCACUGGCACAAGGAGGAAAUGGUGACCACCAGAUGCUCUCUUUUCUACAGUAGCAACCCUGUUUGACCAGAGGAAUUGGGUAAAUAAAUGGAGUUGCUGAAUCGCUGAAAAACUUUCCAGAGCUCUUUCCCAUAGUAGGGAUGAAGGCAGCAGAAGAAGGGGGCAGGGAAUCCUGCAGGUUUAAAGUUCCUCUGAUUCAAAGCUUGUGAAUGUAAUGCUUUUUUGUGUGUGUGAGAAUGUUGUUACUAGCCUGGCCCUAUUUAGUAGCAGUAGGGCUGUAUAAUGCUGGACUCGUCUCUCUGUUCCAAAUACUGUGAGGACCAAGAAGACAUUGUAGUUUGUUUGGUCUUUAAACCUGAAGUUCAAGUCCAGAGCUUGAAUGAAACUGGUUUUUUUUCUGAACAAGUGCCUGCAUCUUCUGUUUACCUGUGCUCAUUACGUAAGUGCUGACUAAGCCUGAAAACUAUUUUGCACAUGGGUAUUUAUAUCAACAAUUUAUGCUGUAUUUGUUUGUUGCUGUAAGAGAAUAUCAGUCUUUUUGCUCUAAUGUUGGGUCUGCAAAAAUACUAAUUUUUGCACCUGAAGACAAUUAUCCAAUAAAAUGUGUAAGCAGUUAAUCCAGUAAUAACUUAAGGAUCAUUUUGAAGUCAUCCCGUCCAGUGUUAUUUCCCACCUCUCACACAAGUUGUGGCUGACUCCGGAACUCUGUCUAGCUGAGGUUCCUCUAAGCAGCCAGACCAGUCUCAUCUGCCCACUAAGCUUGUUGCUAAAUGGUUUCUGAAAACUUCUGUUUGCUGCUAUGAAUUUCACACAACGUGCUCACUGUCAGGAGCUGCCUAGCAUUGCCACUGUCAUCCAACAGCCUUUCUUACUGCGUAGUGUCAACACACUACGCAGUAAGACAAAGGGAAGACUUCUUAUGCUUUAUGGAGCUGGGGAAAAUCAAUACUAUGUGCUGUAUUUGUUGCACAAAUGUUCACAAAUGUACAAUAUAAAGAGCUGAAUAAAAGCUGUUUGAUUGCAAAA